CAGUGCGAGCAUAAGGCCACAGCAGGAGAAUAUGCAAGAAAAUUGGAUACGGAGAUAUUGUACCAGAGUGGAACGUCAAAAGAUGGAAUGCAACAUUUGUCAUCAUAUUAGUAAUAGUUAUUUACUCAUAAAAGUACAUUUAUAUCGUAAACAUGGAAUAUUUUGUGAUGAAAACGUCGACCGAAACAAUUUGGUAUGGCGAUAUUUCAAAGAAGAAGAAAGAUAUGCUUCAACGUGUAAGCUUUGUGAUAAAGUUCUCUUCAGUGGAUAUAAGGAAAAGAGAUUAGAAAUACAUCUAAUAUCUAAACAUCCGCAAACAAUAAAAGAAAUACGAACAGAAAUAACACGUAUGUGGGUAUCACAACAUUUCAAAUUGAAUCCAUCAGGUCAUAUGAUUAAGUGCAAGAUUUGCAGUAAUAUGUGUAACAUAUUUAAAGUAAAUUCCUUAGUGAAACAUUUGCUUAAACAUGGCGUAAGGGAAAAACCUGUUGAAAAUACUGAGGAAAAUAGCAUAAACGUGAAUCAUUCAGCAGCUGAAGAAAGUAACAUGGGUACAUCUUUUCAUCAAAUUGAUACACAUUCACAAGAUGAAGAAAAUGUAAAUGAUUUACAAAGUGCGAGCAUAAGGCCAAAGCAGAAGAAAGCUAUGCAAAAAAAUUGGAUAUGGAAAUAUUGUACUAGAGUAGAAUCUCAGAAGAUAAAAUGCAAUAUUUGUCAUUAUAGUAUUAGAUUAUUUGCUGCAGAUUAUUUGCGAAUAAAGGUACAUUUGUAUCGUGCACAUGGAAUAUACCGUAACAAAAACAUGAACCGAAGCAACUUGAUGUGGCGAUAUUUCAAAGAAGAACAAAAAUAUGCUCCAACGUGUAAGCUUUGUGAUAAAGUUUUCUUGAGUGGAUAUAAGGAAAAAAGUUUAGAAAUACAUCUAAUAUCUAAACAUCCGCAAACAAUAAAAGAAAUACAAACAGAAAUAACACGUAUGUGGAUAUCACAACAUUUUGAGUUGGGUCUAUCAAGUCAUACGAUUAAAUGCAAGAUUUGCUGUAAAAUGUUUAACAUAUUUAAAGUAGAUAUAUUAAUGAACCAUUUGCUUAAACAUGACAUAAAGGAAAAACCUCAAGAAAAUACUAAGGAAAAUAACAUGAACGUAGCAGUAAAUCGAUCAGCAGCUAAAGAAAAUAGGGUUGUUACACAUUCGCAAGCUCAAGAAAAUCGAAAGGAUUUUGAAAGAUACGGCGCGAACAUAAUGCCACAGCAGAAAAAUGAGAACAAAAAUUGGAUAUGGGAACAUAUUAGUGGAGCAGAAUCUGAUGAGAUGAAAUGCAAUAUUUGUCAUUAUGUUACUAGAAAUUUUUCAUCCACAAAGUCACACUUAUAUCAUGAACAUGGAAUAUUUCAUGAUGAAGACACUGACCGAAGCAACUUGGUAUGGCAAUAUUUCACAGAAGAAGAAAGAAACUCUCCAAAAUGUAAACUUUGUAAUAAAAUGUUUUUAAGUGAAUAUGAUGAAUAUAAUUUAGAGGAACAUCUGAUAUCUGUACAUCCUUUAACAACAAAAGAAAUACGUAAACAAAUAGGAUGUAUAUGGGUAUCACAACAUUUCGCAUUCAGCACAUCAAGUUAUAAGAUCAAAUGCAAGACUUGCUGUAAAAUGUUUAACAUAUUUAGAGUAGAUUUCUUAGUGAACCAUUUGCUUGAACAUGACAUAAAGGAAAAACCUCAAGAAAAUACUGAGGGAAAUAACAUAAACGUAACAGUAAAUCAAUCAGUAGCUGAAGAAAAUAAGACUGAUACACGUUUGCAAGUUCAAAAAAAUGGAAAAGAUCUAGAGAGGUACUGUGCGGACAUAACGCAAUCGCAGAAAAAUGAAAACGAAAAUUGGUUAUGGGAAUAUUUUAGUAGAGCAAAACAUUCUUAUAAGAUGAUAUGCAAUAUUUGCCAUUAUGUUACCAGUAAUUUAUUAUUCACAAAGAUACAUUUAUAUUAUGAACACGAAAUAUUUCGUGACGAAGACAGCGAUCGAAGCAACUUGGUAUGGCGGUAUUUCACAGAAGGAGAAAGAUGUAUUCCAAAGUGUAAACUUUGUAAUAAAAUGUUUUUGAGUGGAUAUGAUGAAUACAAUUUAGAGCAACACAUGAUAUUUGUACAUCCACUUACAACAGAAAAGAUACGAGAAGAAGUAAAACGUAUAUGGGUAUCACAACAUUUCACAUUCAGCAGAUUAAGUCAUGAGAUUAAAUGUAAAAUUUGUUAUAAAAUGUUUAACAUAUUUAGAGUAGAUUUCUUAUUAAGUCACUUGUUGAAACAUGGCAUAAAUAAGAAGAGUCAAGUAUAUACUGAAAAAAACAACAUGAACGUAACAAUAAAUAAAUAAAUUGUCGAAGAAAUAAUGUAGGAACAUUUUUUUAUCAAACUAGUUUACGUUCGGAAACUUUAAGAAUAACCAAAGAAUUAACAGUGUUGAAUUUAUAAGUAUUUACAUUUUAUUUCCCUUCAGUCGUUUAUAUACAAAUAUGUAGAAU